GCAAUUGCAGUGCAUUUUGCAUCACAUAGCCAACUACCUACCUGUACCUGUCAUGGGUUGCUGUUGCUGUUGUGCCUCUGGCAAGGAUCGAGUGCUGCCGGUGCCAGAACCAGAUCAGAGCGAAUAUGAGCAGUUCCAAAAGCUUUUGAGCGAAGAUGUGGGUCCUGGCGGUGCACAUGGGUGGCAGAUCAAGCAAGAUUGGGCCAAAGACUACAAGCAGCACUUCAAGAUGCGCAUUUGCCUGCGAAACCACGAAUCAGGGAACCCCAACAAGCUCUUACGAGCGGAUGGAAAAUACCAGGGUGUGAGCCCUGAGGAUUUCUUGGGCUUUCUCCUCAACCCGGAGAACCUUCCGGGUCUAAAGGAGUGGAUCGAUGUGGAGACCUUGCCAGAGGGAUACAUCAAGUACUGCCGCGUGAAGGCGGACGUACUGUCGAAUGCCGUUGGGGGUGGGUGGUCGUGGCCGUCGUGGGGGUCGAUGCCAACGGCUGAUGCCUUUUUGGCUGAUUCCAACGGAACUGCAUUGAUUCGCACCCUGCAUGACGGCGAGAGACCAUUGCUGGAAGUACACCAUCGACCGCCGUGAGGAUGGGAGUAUUUUCGUGUGCAUCCGUACGACGGAGCACAGCGCUUGCCCCGAAAAGCCGGGGAUCAUCCGCGCAUACUACUACAACAGCUCCUUGUUCAAGAUGAGUGACACUGAGGAGGGAGUGAUGGAAAUGACGGAGUUUAUCUUUCAGGAUCUCAAAGGAGGCUUGCCACCAUCGCUGCUGAAUGCUGCUUUGCCAGCAGGGACGAUGGAGACCAACAAGAAGGAGAUGAAACUUCUCCUUUCAAAGAAACCAGCUGCCUGAGGUCACCCUUAAUUGAUGUCAGCAGCUGCUGUCUGAUGUCAAACUCAGACCUGCAGGCUGCAAACCUGUGGCCGUUGUAGGACUGGGGCUUGCAACAGCAAGUAUUUUUGCUAGUUGCUUGUGUGGACAUGUGUACCUUUCGUGCAUCUCACCCUGAGAAUCGGAGCACUGAGGCGGAGACGCCCAAAAAGAGUGAAGAGAACAAGUUCAGUGAACAAAAGAUUGGCAAGAUCCUGAAGCGCUGCAUCUUCCUUUCCUUUGUUCUGGCAGAGGCUGUCAGCCCAAUGCAGAAGGUCUUCACGAUGUUGUCUGACCUUGAGACGAAGGUUGUAGAGGAUGGAAAGGCUGCAGAGGAGGCUUAUGUCAACUACACCCGCUUCUGCACUCGUGGCAAGAGGGACCUCGGCUACGACAUCAAGGAUGGUGAAAAGACAGUUGAGGAAUUGACGGCGGCCAUUGAGAAGUCCAGCUCCGACAUCGAGGUCUCCACCUCGACUUUGCAGGAGCUGCAGAGCAGCAUGACCAAAGCUGAAGCUGACCUGAAGGCAGCAGCUGAUUUGCGAAGCAAAGAACAGGCCGAGCACAAAGCAGCUCGGAAGGAGUUGGAAGAUGCUGGUGCCAUGCUUGGCCGCGCGAUGAAGACGCUCUCAGAGAAGCUGGGUGGCUCCGCAUUGCUGCAGGCCCCUUCUGAAGCGACCAGCCUGGUGCAGGCGUUGGGUGCUGUGGUGGAUGCGGCGGCGUUCCCGAACGGUGACAAACAGUCGCUCCUGGCCUUUGUCGAGAGUGCGACGAGGCAACCUCCUGCAGUGGAAGCCUACAAGUCCAAGAGUGGUGGCAUUCUGUCUGUGCUGGAGGACAUGAAGUCGAAAGCACGGGAAGACCUUAGCAGCCUGGUCUCUGAGGAGAGGAAGGCUCAGCAUAGCUAUUUGAUGCUGAAGCAGUCCCUGGAGAGGCAGCUGGCAGCUGACCAGAAAGAAAUGGACCAAGCGAAGGCGGUGCAGGCCGAGGCGUCGGAAGCGAAAGCCACCGCGGAGGGCGAUCUGGCGGGCUCGACCAAGGACUUGGCCAACGACAAGACCUCCCUGCAGCAAUUGGAGGCCAGCUGCUCUCAGGCUGAUGAGGACUACGAGGAAGCCACCAAGAGCAGACAAGAAGAGCUGGAGGCCUUGAAGAAGGCGGAAGAAGUCCUCAAGGAGAAGACCGGCGGGGCACAGGCCAAUGUCUACGAGCCUGCGAUGUUCUUGCAGGUGGAUUCGGAACACCCUGGAGCCUUUGAAGCAGCGAAGCUGGUGAGGAACUUGGCCAAGAAGACGUCCUCCCGGAGCCUCGACACAUUGGCCACCAACAUCGAAUCGCUGAUGCAGACGGGCAGCCAAGCCGAUGUCUUCGCCAAGGUGAAAGCCUUGAUCGACCAGAUGAUCACCACACGGAAGGAAGAGGCCGCUGCCGAUGAGACGAAAAAGGCCUACUGCGACAAGGAGCAGAGCGAGACCAAGGCCAAGUUAGAGGACUUGAGCAGCAAGAAGGAGACCUUGUCAGUGAAGGUGGACAAGAAGUCGACGGAGUCUGAGACCUUGAAAAGCGAGGCGGCGACCCUACAGAGGGAGCUGGCCGAGCUGUCUCAGCUCCAGAUUGAGAUGGAUGACACUCGUCGGGAAGAGAGUGCUGUCUUCAAAAAGCAAAAGGCUGACCUCGAGCAGGGACUGGAAGGUGGGAUCGACGUCGAGUGA